CCGCCGCGCCUCAGUCCCGUGAAAGUCUCAGCUGCGCGCGGGGCCGCCGCUCCCGUGACGUUGCGGCUCCCGACUCGCCGCAUCUUGCUGGCUGAGCCUCCGACCUCUCAAGCGCGCCCAUCUGGCCGAGGCGGAAGGCGAACCCCUGGCCCGAGCCUUCUCGUCACCCGCGCGCUUUCGCUCCGAGCCGCGGCUCUGGACUUUUGGCCGAGGAGAGGCUUCCCUGAGGGACCGGAGGGAAGGACGCAUGCCCGGAGUUUGCCGCGGAGGGCAGGCGCCUUGCCAUGAGAAGAGCUUCCCUGCUCUCGAGAGGAAGCGAGGCGGCCCGGUGAAUAUGGUCAGUCAUGUCGUGGCUGGCUUGCUGGCUGGAUGAGCUCCAGCGCUUCUCGCUGCUCUCCUUGUUUACAGCCGCUUUGGCCGUCCUGAGCGUCUACCUGGUGCAAUAUGGCCUGAGCCUCCUGCGGCAAGGCGGUGGGAAGCCGCCGCCUCCCAGUCCAUCGCGCCCGGGACUCCUGCCAGAGGACGAGGGGGGCUCCCUUUUCACCUGGCUGCUGUCCCUCAACAGCUGGAGGAGCGAAUGGCACAAAGCUUGGAUCGCAGCGCUGAACAAGGAAGCCGGAUUGCGGGAGAACACCUGCUUAUUUACAUUUGAUGAAGAUGCAGCUCAUCAGAAUCAAGAGCUUGCAGUACAAGGAAUUAUAAAUGUAGUAAAAUCUGCUGAAGAAAACGUGGUUUCCUGUAAUGUAAUUGGAAAUUCCUUCCAUUUUCUUGUCAGUGUAUGCCAAACUGCACCUCUUACUGGUGAAUGUCAGUCUUACCAUGUAAAACUAUCUCCACUUCAUUUGCAGCUGAAACUUUCAACAAAAUCCGAAGAAGACAUCCAGAUUAAGUGGUCUUUCAUCUAUUCCUCUGAAACAAAUAUGGAAGUCAAACCUACUAAUGUGCAAAAAGAUCAGACUCUUGGGAUAUGCACUGCAUUAGAAACAUUUAAAAGUGUGUUGCAGAAUCUCAUCAGUUGCACAUCACCUGUUAUGAUUCUGAGUACAAGAUCUACUGAUAUAAAAGGAAUACAGAAACAUCAGCACACAGAAUAUGGGCUAGCCCCUCCUAAGUCCAGAUGGGAGAUCCCACAGAAGAUCAUGGAGACCAAGAAAGCUAAGAUACUGUGGGACUUCCAGACCCACACAGAAAAGCAGGUACUAGUCAAUCAACCAGAUAUGAUAGUAGACAAGGAUCAAAAGUCAGCAGUCGUGAUAGAUACAGCAGUGCCAAGUGACAGCAACAUCAGGAAGAAACAAUGUGAGAAGCUAGAGAAGUACCAGGGCCUGAAGGAGGAACUGAAGCAGAUGUAG